UCUCAAUAUUCAAAAAAAAAAAAAAAAAAAAAAAAAGGAAAGAAAGAUUCGUUUCAUUACUCUGGGCACCACACUGCCAGAGUAGAAGCUGAAGAACACAGAGUGUAUUCAAUUCCACCCAACCCACCCCUUGCUUCCAUUUAUUACGCUACCACUCUGCAUUUAUUAUCACUCCACACCCUCCCCUCACACCUUCUUCGUGUAUCCUCUGUCUAGGGUUUCUAUUCCCAUUCUCCAUCAUCAACAUCAUUCUUCUUGGUCACUCACUAAUAAUCUCAUUUCACUUUCACUGUUCUUUCAGUUUUACUACUUUAUACAUACAUACAUACAUACAUACAUACAUCAUCUUUUUGUCUUACAAUCUAUAUCUACAAAAAUAGUCUAACUUUGCUUUCACAAGUUUGAAUCAAAGGUUUUUAACUCUUAAUUCUGUAACCCCUUCAAAAACCGGUCAAAAUCGGGUGCUUUUUUGCUUUAUAUUGAAUCUAGGGUUUCGUUUUUUUCUUUUUGGGGGAAAAAUAAUAAGAUGUGAAAACCUCAAAUUCUUCAAAUUCUGUUAAAUUCGCAACGUUUCGAUGCAUAUUUCACUCUGGAAACCGAUAAUAUCCCACUGUGUAUCUCUAAUUUCCGACAAAAAGAGCAGGAGAAAGUUCGGGUCGGGUCAAACCGAUGAACAACCCGGAACAGACCCAUCUGCUCGUCGAAAACUACAGGAAAAUAAGCUCCGAGAGGCUCUAGAACAAGCUUCAGAAAAUGGGUCACUCUUAAAAUCACAAAAUAUUGACGACUUUUCAGAGUCAAUUGAGAGAGAAGAUAAUAAGGGUUUAGGCAGAUCAAGAUCACUUGCAAGAUUACAGGCUCAAAAGGAGUUCUUGAAAGCAACUUCUUUAGCUGCUGAUAGAGUUUAUGAAGAUGAAGACUCUGUUCUUGAGUUUGAUGAAGCUUUGUAUAAAGAUUCUGAGAAGAUUGAUGAGUUGAGGGGGGAUGAGUAUUGUCAUUUGAGUGAUGGGAAUAAGGUAUGUCUUGAUUAUUGUGGAUUUGGGUUGUUUUCUUUUGUGCAAAGUGUAAAUUUUUGGGAGUCUUGUACUAUUAGUUUGUCUGAAAUAACUGCACAUUUGGGGAAUCAUGCUUUGUAUGGUGGUGGUGGUGAAAGAGGGACUCUUGAGUAUGAUAUCAAGAGUAAGAUAUUUGAUUAUUUGAACAUUCCUGAGAGUGAAUAUGGGCUUGUGUUUACUGUUAGCAGAGGGUCUGCUUUUAAGCUGUUAGCUGAGUCAUACCCUUUUCAUACCAACAAAAAGUUGUUGACUAUGUUUGACCACGAAAGUCAAUCGGUUAACUGGAUGGCGCAAAGCGCCAAGGAGAAGGGUGCGAAGGUGCAUAGCGCGUGGUUCAAAUGGCCGAUGUUGAAGCCGUGUUCAACGCAUCUUAGGAAACAGAUAUUGAAUAAGAAGAGAAGGAAGAAGGAUUCGUCGACGGGGUUGUUUGUGUUUCCGGUUCAGUCGCGUGUGACGGGUGCGAAAUACUCGUAUCAGUGGAUGGCGUUAGCUCAGCAGAAUAAUUGGCACGUGUUGCUUGAUGCUGGAGCGUUAGGCCCGAAAGACAUGGAUUCUUUAGGGUUGUCGCUGUUUCGGCCUGAUUUUAUCAUCACCUCAUUUUACAGGGUUUUCGGGUACGACCCGACUGGAUUCGGGUGUCUUCUGAUUAAAAAGUCGGUGAUCGGAAGUUUACAGAAUCAGUCUGGUCAUGCAGGGUCCGGGAUAGUGAAGAUUAGCCCGGUUUUUCCGUUGUAUCUUAGUGAUUCGAUGGACGGGAUGCCGGCAUUGGCGGGAAUUGGAGACGAUGAAGCUGUCGGAAAAGGUGAAGGGAUGUCGGAAAGUCACGCUGGAGCGCAUUUACCCGCGUUUUCCGGGGCGUAUACUUCGUCUCAGGUGAGGGAUGUGUUUGAAACCGAGAUGGAACAUGAUGCAACUAGCCCCAUUUUCGAAGAAACCGGAAAUCAUUGUGUUGGUGAGGUCAUGAAAAGCCCUGUUUUUAGUGAAGAUGAGUCGUCUGAGAAUUCGAUGUGGAUCGAUUUGGGCCAGAGCCCAUUGGGCUCGCAAUCCGAAAUCAUAAACUCUCCUGUACCUCCACCCUCCUGGUUUAAAGGCAGCAAUGGAGCAGACAAGAAAGGCGAUAGCAAAGAGAUCGAUUCACCACAGCACGUAACCGAAGUAUUAUCAUUUGAUGCUGCGGUUCACAAUGUCAAGAAAUCCGAAAACAUUGAAGAAAAAUCUCACGAAGCCGAAAUAAAGUCGAAUCAUACGGAGAUUCAAGAGGAACCCGAAACGAAGAAGCCGAAAGAAAGUGCGGUUAUAAGUAGAGAAACCGAAGGUGAGUUCAGGUUGUUAGGGAGAAUGGAAGGAAGUAAACGGGUGUCUUUCGGUUUGGAAGAUAAUAAUAAGUUGGAAGAUUAUUACAUCAACGAUGAAGAUUAUUACGAAGAACAAGAAUCAGAGAGACGAGAACCCGAGAUAAUUUGCAAGCAUCUUGAUCAUGUAAACAUGUCGGGUCUUAACAAGACCACACUCAGGCUUCGGUUCUUGGUCAAUUGGCUCGUGACGUCUUUGCUUCAGUUGAGAUUACCCGGUUCAGACCCACUUGUUCACAUUUACGGGCCUAAAAUUAAAUACGAACGUGGUGCAUCAGUGGCAUUCAACGUGAGGAACCGAAGCAAAGGGCUAAUUAGCCCAGAAAUCGUUCAAAAGUUAGCUGAAUCACAUGGGAUUUCUCUUGGUGUUGGGAUCAUCUGUCAUGCAAGGAUUAUACAGAGCACGAAACAGAACCGCGCUGCGAUUGAUCUUGCUGAUACUACGGUUUGCAAACCUAUGAAUAACGAUGGAAACGACGGUGGAUUUGUUAGAGCCGAGGUUGUUACUGCUUCACUCGGGUUCUUAACAAAUUCUGAAGAUGUGUAUAAGUUGUGGGUUUUUGUGGCGAAAUUUCUUAACCCGUCUUUUGCCGGAGAAAACGGUGGGGCGGAAGGUGAAGAAACAGAGGAAAUGGUUGGGUAAGUUUUUGAUGAGAGUUGGUAAAGAUUUUUGGGGUUAUGUAUGAGAUAGAAGAAUACCCGUUUGAAGAUGAUGAUGAUGUUAAUGGUGGAUUUGAAUCUGGUGCAAGUGUUUUUAUAAUGGGAAAUCUUGCUUUUGAUUUGAAAUUUUUGUUGGUUUAUUAUUAUUAUUAGUGUUUGCAAGAUUAUUGUAGAGGUAGCUUUGUACUUGAUACAUAAUAUGAUGCCCGCUAUUGCACCAUGCAUUAUUGCUCUCUCGUUGAUAAAAAAUCAGAUUCUGUUAUUCUGUUGAA